CGCGCGGCUCCGCUGGCCGCGCGUCCUCCCGGCUGCCUCCCUGCUGCGGGCCGGCACUUUCGCCCCAAGUUGCAGCGCAAGUUUGCCAGUGGCCGGCGGCGGCGGCGGCGGCGGGGGCGCCGGGAGCCUCCCUCGCCCUGGGCCGGCAGGGACUCCCCGGAGUGCAUGGGCGCGGGUCCGGCGGCCCUGGGGGCCUGAGCGGCUGCGCCGCCUGCGCGCCCCGCGCCAUGGAGGACGCCGAGCCCCGCGCGCGGCUAGGGCGCCUGGCAGAGGCCGAGGCGCGGGCGGCCGAUGGCGGGCGCCUGGUGGAGGUGCAGCUGAGCGGCGGCGCCCCCUGGGGCUUUACCCUGAAGGGCGGCCGCGAGCACGGCGAACCUCUGGUCAUCACGAAGAUCGAAGAAGGAAGCAAAGCUGCGGCAGUGGACCAGUUGCUGGCUGGAGAUGAGAUCGUGGGCAUCAAUGACAUCGGUCUGUCGGGCUUUAGACAGGAAGCGAUUUGCCUGGUGAAGGGGUCGCAUAAGACCCUGAAGCUGGUGGUAAAAAGGAGGAAUGAGCUGAGCUGGAGGCCGCACUCCUGGCACGCCACCAAGUUCCCCGACAGCCACCCUGACACGGCCUCUCCAGUCCCUUCUACCAGCACCUGCCCCUCUCGACCUGGCCGGCACCACGCCAGCUCCUCCUCCCAGGACCUGUCCAGUGGCGCAUGGGAGCAGACGAAUCUGCAGCGCACCUCUGACCACUUCAGCUCCCUGGGGAGCGUGGACAGCCUGGACCAGCACGCCCAGUCCUUCCCCUCCGGGUGCCUCUCUGCCGCCAGGUCCAACAGCAGCAUCGAUCACCUGGGCGGCCCGAGCAAGCGGGACUCGGCUUACAGCUCCUUCUCCACCAGCUCCAGCACGCCUGACCACACCCUGCCCAGGGCGGAUGCCUCCUCUGCUGAGAACAUUCUCUACAAAGUGGGCCUUUGGGAGGCCUCCACCUUAGGUAGCAGCCGGCAGGGCCUGGCUGCCAGUGACCCUCCGGGUGUGGAUGAGAGGCUCGGGUGCUUACCACCCAGGUUCCCCUGUGACAGCAGCAGAAGCCCUAGGCCCGGGGACAGUCCUGAGCCCAAGCUAGCUGCUUCCGGGAGGUCCAGUUUUGGGCCAGUCUGGUAUGUUCCCGAUAAGAAAAAAGCUCCUCCCUCCCCUCCUCCACCUCCUCCGCCUCUCCGCAGUGACAGCUUCGCUGCCACCAAGAGCCACGAGAAGACCCAGGGCUCUCCGUUCUCAGAGGCAGCCACCACGCAGCACUUUCCGGGCCUGACCCGCGCUCCGUCUCACAGCGACUGGAGACCGGACGCGGCCGAUCAGCCGCAGAGACCCGUGCGCCCCGCGGACAGGAGGAGAGCUGGGAGCUCGGGCUGCGCGCAGGGUGUGCACCUGGACUGCGGGUGGCCGCCCUGCGACAGCAGGGCCAGGGCGCUCCCGGGGGCCCCCAGCCGGCUCCAGGCCUCCCUGUCCAGCACGGACGUGCGCUGCCCGCAGUCCUCGCCCGCGUGCCAGCACCCGCGCCACUCCAGCGACGAGAGCCCCUUCUUUCACGAGGGGGUCAGGGCCGACCGCUUCCUGGAUGAGAACGCCACUCCGGUCGGGUGGCCCAGCGCUGGCGACCAGAAGGGGGACUGUGGCGCGCAGAGCCGCUGCUACUGCGUGACCUCCAGACGCGGCCCGCAGGGGAGUGCGCCGGCCGCGCAGCCCGGCUGCUACCCGCCCCGGCUCGACGCGGCCCCGGGCGUCCGGCAGAGAGCGAGGGCGGCGCCGGCGGCCAGGGCGGCCGAGGGCCACUGCCUGGGAGCCGAGGAACCGCCCGGGGCCGGCCUCGUGGAAAAAGCCGGCGUGAAGAGGGUCGCAGGCGGCUUCGCGCGGGCCGGCAGGGGCGGCGAGGUCUGCCCCCUGCAGACGCCCAUGCUGCAGUCGCUGACCUGGGAUGGGGCGCGCCGGCCCGACACCGGCCGCGACGGCACCGCGGAGAGGCUGCCGUCCGAGGCCCCGGCGGGCAAACCCCUGCGGAGGAGCGACCGCUUCGCCACCACCCUAAGGAACGAGAUUCAGCAGCGGCGAGCCAGGCUGCAGAAGAGCCGGAGCUCGGCGGCCCUGGCCGGCGCCGCAGAGGAGGAGGAGGCGGAGGAGGCCGGGGCUGGGGCGCGCCCCUGGGGGCCGCAGCCGGCGAGGGGCUCGGGGGCCGCCCCGGAAGCCGGCUUCCCCGGCUCCUAUAAGGACCACCUGAAGGAGGCGCAGGCUCGCGUGUUGAGGGCCACGUCGUUUCGGCGCCGCGACCUGGAGCCCAGCCCGGAGGACCCCGACACCACCCCCCGCGUCUGGGAGGCGGCCCCAUCCAGGCCGCCCUCAAGGGCCGGUGGCGCGCUGCCCGCCUCGCGCAUCGCAGGCCGGAGGCGCUUCACAGCCGAGCAGAAACUGAAGUCCUAUUCCGAGCCCGAGAAGAUGAACGAGGUGGGGCUCGCGGGGGACGACCGCCGGCGCCAACGCCCCGCACUCUCCAACGAGACUGUGCGCACCUUUGCCGACAGGUGGAAGUUCUUCGAGGAAACCAGCAAGCCCGUAGGCCAGCGGCCGGGGCCGAGGCCAGCGCCCUGUGAGUUCCCCAAGGAGAAGCCGGACAGGCUGUGGACAGUGGGCCCUGGAAAAGAGGGGAAGGUGGGGAGAUCAGACCCGCCUCAGAGGCUUGGAACCUUUGCAGAGUAUCAAGCCUCGUGGAGGGAACAGAGGAAAGCCCCAGAAGCCAGGAGUUCUGGGAGGUACCACUCGGCAGACAACAUCCUGGACGUGGGUCUGGACCAACACGAGAGACCACAGUACAUCCAUGAAAGGUCCCGGUCGUCGCCCUCCACGGACCUCUACAAGCAGGAAGCUUCUGUGGAACCGAGAUGGCAAACAGAGGAUCCCGGUGAGCACCGAGAGCUUUCUUCUGCAGUCCGGGCUGAGGAGGGAUGCCCCAUCCCAAGACAAGCAGAUGCCCCGUGUGCGGAAGACGGUGCAGGAGCUCAGCGGGACCCCCGGCAGCCGUCCCAGGUCUCUGAGCCACCUGGCGCCCCGGAAGCUCCCGAGGUGCCCCCGGAGGGCCGCGGCCGGGCGGGGACCCUCCCUCGCGAUUACAGAUACCCGGAGGAGCGCGCGCCCGCGGACCCGCCCGCCCGGCCCCUGAGCGCCGCGGCGCUCGCCCGCAGGCCCGCCCCGCAGAGGCUGCCACCGCCCCGGCGCGAGCCCAGGCCCCCGGGGAGCGCUGCGGGCGACCCUGCCACGGGCGCCCCGGCCUCCGCUCACGUGGGCGCCCCGGGCGGGCCCUGGCCCGCAGCCCCGGAGGUGUGCGCGGGCCACCCGGCCCUGGCCCGCAGCCCCGGCGCCUCGGUGGGGAAGCUGAGCGCCGGCCGGCCCGCAGACGGCCCCCGGGCCGCGGGGCAGCCGGCCGGGCAGCAUGUAGACGAGCGCGCAGCCUGGCCCCUGCGGGAGGCGCCGCCCCCUUCCAGGUUCCGGCCCCUGCACGCCUCCGCCAUGGAGACCUCGCGCUCCCCCUCGCCUCAGUUCGCGCCCCAGAAGCUGACGGACAAACCCCCGCUGCUCAUCCAGGACGACGGUUCCACCAGAAUUGAGCGGGUGAUGGACAACAACACCACGGUGAAGAUGGUGCCCAUCAAGAUCGUGCACUCAGAGAGCCAGCCCGAGAAGGAGAGCCGCCAGGGUCUGGUCAGUGUUCCGGAGCCGCCCGUGCUGCCCAGCGGACUCGAGCGGGACCAGAUCAAGACGCUCAGCACGGCCGAGCAGUCCUACUCGCGCUUCUGCCUGUACAGCCGCCAGGGCGCCGAGCCCCAACCCCCCAGCACCCCGGCGCCCACAGCCAAGGACAGCCGGGCCUCCCCGCCCGCGCUCAGCUACAUGAAGGCCAAAGAGAGGACCGCCGAAGACCUCAAGUCGGAGGAGCUGGCCCGCGAGAUCGCGGGCAAGGAUAAGUCCCUGGCGGAUAUCCUGGACCCCAGCGUGAAGGUCAAAACCACCAUGGACCUGAUGGAGGGCAUCUUCCCCAAAGACGAGCACCUCUUGGAAGAAGCUCAGCAGCGGAGGAAGCUGCUCCCCAAAGUCCCUUCUCCCAGAACCACGGAGGAGAAGAAGGAGGAGCCGAGUGUGCCAGCGUCCGUGUCCCUAGCCACCAACUCCACCUACUACAGCACAUCAGCCCCCAAGGCGGAGCUGCUGAUUAAGAUGAAGGACCUGCAGGAGCAGCAGGAGCCGGAGGAGGAUUCCGGGAGUGACCCGGACCACGACCUGUCGGUGAAGAAGCAGGAGCUCAUCGAGAGCAUCGGCCGCAAGCUGCAGGUGCUGCGGGAGGCGCGGCAGAGCCUGCUGGAGGACAUGCAGGCCAACAGCACGCUGGGCGACGAGGUGGAGGCCCUGGCCAAGGCCGUCUGCAAGCCCAACGAGUUCGACAAGUUCCGGAUGUUCAUCGGGGACCUGGACAAGGUGGUGAACCUGCUGCUGUCGCUGUCUGGCCGCCUGGCCCGCGUGGAAAACGCCCUCAACAAUCUGGACGACAGCACUCCUCCUGGUGAUCGGCAAUCCCUGCUCGAGAAGCAGCGGGUCCUGAUCCAGCAGCACGAGGACGCCAAGGAGCUGAAGGAGAACCUGGACCGCCGGGAGGGCAUCGUGUUUGACAUCCUGGCCGGCUACCUCAGCCAGGACAGCCUGGCGGACUACGAGCACUUCGUGAAGAUGAAGUCGGCCCUCAUCAUCGAGCAGCGCGAGCUGGAAGACAAGAUCCACCUGGGGGAGGAGCAGCUGAAGUGCUUGCUGGACAGCCUUCAGCCCGACAGAGGCAAAUGAGGGGCCCCCUCCC